AUGGUCGGGGAUAAACUAUUUCUUAAAGUAUCUCCUAUGAAAGGGGUGAUGAGGUUCGGGAAGAAAGGUAAACUGAGCCCAAGGUAUGUGGAUCCAUUUGAGAUCUUAGAAAGAAUUGGGGCAGUUGCUUAUCGUUUGGCAUUACUGCCUGAGUGGUUGUUAUUAAAGCACAGAACAGAUUCACCAGCCAUCGCAAACAAGAGGAAGCAGAGGAAGAAGGCUCAAGAAGAAGAAUCAAUCCUAAUGGAGAGGUCGUCGUCACCUACUCAACCACCGGAAGAAGAAGAAGAAGAAAGAGAAGUGAAUGUUUCUGAGUCGUCGAACAAAGCCAUUUUCUAUGUUCACCACCCACGCCAUUUCCUUCAACAACUUGUCAGGUCUCUGCUGAAAUGUCUAGGGUUUCAUGAGAUCUCAGUCCAUUACGACGAUUCUAAGAGCCUCAUAGCUUCAGAUCCUCCUUCCACUACAACAAACCAGCAGAUUGGUGCGAGUGCAGUAACAAGUCGUCGUCCUCGAAGUCGAAGGCCAGAACUAACUCCAGGACCAGGCCCUCAGACUAAUUAAUUGGAUAAGGAUAUGCCAAGUGUGAUCUAAACCAAGUCGCUUGACCUGUUUAUUUUCGGUGUGAUAUCCCCCCCCCCCUUUUUUGAAAAGGCCAACUUCUGUGUGGUAUUUAAUUUCUUAGAGAAAUUUGUUUGAAAACAUUACAAAUAGGAACAUGCUGCAUGAUAGAAAGCAUGGCAGUAAAUCCUUAUAUAUAUAUAUAUAUAUAUAUAAAUAUACAUCUCAA